GUUCUUUCUGUAUCAAUCGGAACUAUCAUAAUGAAUUCAAAGACUUUGGCUAUGCUAUUACGAUCACAUACUUCAAUACAAUUUAUUUUAGUAAUAUUUAUAUGUUUCUUCCAAUUCGUCUUUGGUGACAAUCAGAAUCAUACUCAAGAUGAUUCUGUUCCAACGUUGACUAUACCUGUAAUGCAAUGGAAAUUUUUAGAAGUGUCUGGGGAUAAGCCGCAGGGGUUAAAGGAUUUUGGUUUCGGUUACAAUAAGUUGGCCAAUAAAUUGAUCAUUUUUGGCGGAAC